CCUGCUCCCGCGGGAGAGCUGCCAAGUGCUCUGGCCACGCUGGAGAAAUACCUUAUUAUUUCAAUUCCCUUGUUAGGAAUAACGAAUCACCACUGAUGCCUUUCUCUCCCACCCUGUUUUUGUUUCCCCGGCCUCUCCCCUGAGGGCUGGUUAUUCAUGGGGAGGCUGCCCCCAUGGGUGGGGGCUCCAUCCUCCGCAGCAUGGGGUUGCUGCAUUUUUUUCCUAGGUUGCAGCUGUUAUUUUAAAUGAGAAUUAAAAGAUUUUGGGAAAGAAGAACCCGAGGCGCUGCUCAGAGGUGUAUUUAGAGCUGUGUUUGUAUUAAUGCAGAUUUACAGGGGCGAUGGGAUUGUGGAGGAAGGGGCCUGAUGCUGAGUGGCUCCUCUGGUGCAGAGCUCCUGUUGCACUGAGAUUCCCACCUGCAUGUGCAGUGGAUCCUCAUUUACUUGCAGUUUAACAUUUAUGUUGUGCAAGAGAUGACGAGCUUUUCAUAUGACAGCACAGAAUGUAUAUGCUAUCUGCAUAAAUAAUAUUUUGUCUGCUAAUAUACCACAUAUAUUUUAAUUCCAUGCAAUACUUAUAGUGGAUUGUUUUAAAUCAUUUACAGAAUCAGAUAGUUACUAUUUUGACAGAUUUUAUUUUCCUAGACAGUCUAUUGUUGUGUUUUGUUUUUACAGAGCAGGCUCCUUGGGCUUUGUUGGUUCGGGAUACUUUAGACAUGAAAUGUGUCUCUUAUUGCGUGCGAACAGGGAUUCAGCUCUGUUGUUUAAAAUACAAUUGCUUUCUCAUGCGUGGGGCCAAUAUUUUGGUAUGCAGAAACCUCUCAGUUCUGUUUUCCAGUACUUGCAUCACUCUCUUAUCUCAGCUGUGCUAUGGGUAAUUCCUAUUUUGAGUUUUGAUAUUUAAGAGCUGACUGUUAUUGCAGAAGCUGCUGGAACAAGAACUAUGAUCCUGUUUUAACUUGUGCGAGCCCGGGUCUGAUCCAGCCUCUGGUGCUCCUCAAUUUCUCCUUGGCUGGAGGGGGAGCUCCAUCUCACACGGGUUUUCUCCUGACCUGAAGGUCUUUCCAAAUGCCUGGUUGAAUUUCAUUUCUGCUAGAUUUGCAUUGACAAAGAGGUGCAGAGCAAGUUGAGCUGGGUCCUUGAACCAAAGGGAAAGGGAGGGAGAAGUUUAGAGAUAAGGAGGGGACAUGGGCAGCCAACUUCAAACCUAGAGCUAAUUUUGUUCUCUAACCUGGUGUGAAUCCAGGUACCUUCAACCCCCCAGUUAUCCCAGUUCCUGAUGUCUGAGAACACCUUGUACAUCCCUGCAAACGCUUGAUGUUUCCUCUCUCACUCCUGACUUCUUCCUUCUACUCUGGACGUAUAGAACAACAGUUUAAGGUGAAACAUGCCAUCAUGCAACCUUACCAGCUUGAGGCCAGUAACAUUCCUCCUGGCUGGCAUCCCGGGCAUGGAGAAGUUGCACAUCUGGAUCUCCAUCCCAUUCUGCUCCAUGUAUCUGGCCGCUCUGCUGGGAAAUGGUGUCCUGUUGUUUGUCAUCAGGACAGAACGGAGCCUCCACCAGCCCAUGUACCUCCUUCUGUCCAUGCUGGCCGUCGCUGACCUGGUGCUGUCCACCACGACCGUGCCCAAGAUGCUGGCCGUGUUCUGGUUCAGCGCGGGGGAGAUUUCCUUCGGUGCCUGCCUGACCCAGAUGUUCUUCCUGCACUUCACCUUCUCGGCAGAGUCAGUGAUCCUGCUGGCCAUGGCGUUCGACCGGUUUGUGGCCAUCUGCGAGCCGCUGCGGUACACGGCAGUGCUGACGCCAUCAGUCAUCGUCAAAACUGGGCUGGUGGCUUUGCUGAGAAGUUUCUGCAUCAUUUUCCCAUGUGUAUUUCUGCUGAAGCGGCUGCCGUUCUGCGGGCACAACAUCAUCCCGCAUACCUACUGCGAGCACAUGGGCAUCGCCCGCCUGGCCCACGCCGACAUCUCCGUCAACAUCUUGUACGGCCUCGCAGUGCCUUUUGCAGCAAUAGUGGUGGACGUUGUGCUCAUCGCUGUCUCCUAUGUCUUAAUUCUUCUGGCAUUAUUCAGACUCCCUUCCAGGACUGCCCGUCACAAGGCUUUCAACACCUGUGGCUCUCAUGUCUGUGUUAUUUUGCUUUUCUAUAUUCCUGCUUUUUUCACUGUUUUGACGCACCGCUUCGGUCAGGAGAUCCCCCACCAUGUCCACAUUCUCCUGGCCAACCUGUAUGUGCUCUUCCCCCCACUGCUGAACCCCGUGGUGUAUGGUGUGCGGACACAGCAGAUAAAAGAGAAGGUUGUAAAAACGUUCAUCUGCCCCAAGGGUCGUUUGCUGCAAGAGUAAGAGCGAGAUGUCCCUGUCAGAAGGUGAUGAACACCUUGGUGGGACUCCAAAUGCUCUCUUUGCACUGUUUCAGGCAACAUGCCCAAGUCUUCUGCCAUCAAAGUAAAAUGCAGAACACCUGCCAGCCCCCCCAUCACUUACCCCAACAGUUUGUAGAAAAUGUAAGACAAAAUGCAAAAUUUGGGGUCUCUAAUUGGCUGUGGAGGGAGAGUGAUCAAAGAAAUGAGAACCUACCCCAGAUAUGUCACUCGUGGGAAAUCCCCUACAAAGUGGAGGCAAGACAGCUUUCACUGUGACGAUAAAUCUACAUCUCAUCUGUUUCCUCUGGAGUCAGGUAAAACAUGUUUAACGAACUGGUUCUUAUGAAUCACAGCUGUGUAAUGGAGUUUGGUUUAGGAAUUGCUUGUUCAUUAAAAUUUGUAGUAUUGAAAAAGUCUCCGAAAGGAAUAACACAAAAAUAAAAGCAAUUG